AUGCAUAAGAUUAUUAUCAUAAAGUCAACUGAUGCAGAGCUCUUAGCGCCAAAAGGACUUCAAUCAAUAGCAGCAGCUGCUCAGUCCCGCUCCUCCCCGUCAACUCUUCCCAGCCCCAGCUUUCCUUUUUCGGGACCUAUGGCUAAGGACCAUUCCAGUCUCAGUAACUUCCACCAAGUCCGAGUCACCCACAGCGCCUUUGAGCUGGACGUAAACCUGGACCAAAAGGUCAUUGAAGGAUACGUCAAGCUUGAUGUGGUGGCUGAGGUGGAUGCCCCCCCGGAGCUGCUGCUGGACACACGCGACCUCGCAAUACACCGUGUCGAGCUCCUGACACCCCCGGGGGCCUCAGAGGGGGACGCAGCGGCGGCGGCGGCGACAGGGCCCACCCCCCUCAAGUACCAACUAGAUGAACCACAUAAGGUCCUGGGCUCUGCAUUGCGAGUGGAGCUGCCAUCCUCCCUAAAGAUGACCCGUGGGUCUCGAUUGGCCCUCGGUGUACGAUUCAGGACAAGCCCCGGAUCCUCUGCUGUACAGUUCUUGGAACCAGCCCAGACCGCCGGGGGCCAGUACCCGUACCUCUUCACGCAGUGUCAAGCAAUACAUGCACGCUCGCUCGUACCGUGCCAAGACUCCCCUGGAGCCAAGAUGUCGUACAGUGCUGUCGUACGGGUACCGCAUCCUCUGACGGCGCUCAUGAGUGCUGUGCCCGACGAGCCACCGCCAGCCGAGGGCCUUGGCGAUGAAGCCAAUGAGGUGAUUGAGGUAGCCAAGGAGGACAUGGAGAUGGAGACUGAGACCGAGGUGCGACAAUUACUGCUAACAAGCGCCACCCGACAGGGUGCAGUGUGGGGCCGGCCCCUGAGAAUUGCAAUGCGGAACAACAUGCAAGAUAGGGUAGCAGCCCUUAGACAAGAACUGAUCAGCAACAUCCUGGCAGCAACGGCCACACGAGCAGAUGCAAACAGUGAUGACACCGCCCGUAGACGGCCGCCAUACUCCACCACCAUCUUCUCCUUCAAUCAAAAGGUGCCUAUCGCGCCCUAUCUGUUGGCAUUGGCGGUUGGGCAGUUGGUGGCGGUUGAUCUUGGUCCCCGUACUCGUGUCUGGUCGGAGCCUAGCAUGGUAAAGGCGGGUGCACACGAGUUCGCGGACACUGCCAAGUUCCUGGAGGCGGGGGAAGCCAUCGUGGGGGAGUACGUGUGGGGACGGUACGACCUGCUGCUGCUGCCGCCAUCCUUCCCCUACGGUGGAAUGGAAAAUCCGUGUCUUACCUUUGUAACGCCCACACUAUUGGCGGGUGACAGGUCCCUGACCAACGUAGUCGCACACGAGAUAGCCCACAGCUGGACGGGGAACCUGGUCACCAAUGCGACAUGGGAGCACUUCUGGCUGAACGAAGGCUUCACUGUGUUUUUGGAGCGGAAGAUUCUGGGUCGUCUGUACGGCAACCCCACCUUCCAGUUUCAUGCCGCUCAAGGGGCAAUCAAACUGGCGGCGGAGGUUGAGCGGUUGGGAGCGGACAAUCCGUACACUCGCUUGGUUCCGGAUCUGUCAGGAGGUGUGGAUCCAGAUGACGUGUUCUCGAGCAUCCCGUACGAAAAGGGGUUCUACUUUCUCUACUAUUUGCAGGAGCUGGUCGGCGGCGCUGACUUGUUCGACCCCUUCCUGGCUGCCUACAUUGCCGCCCACCGUCACAAGACACUGACGAGCGACCAGUUCCGACAGUUCUUUGAAGAGUAUUUNCGUGAGGUUCCCGCUUCCCGUACUGUGGACUGGAACACCUGGCUCUUCAGUCCAGGGAUGCCCCUAGUCACCAAUCAGUACGACACCUCCUUGGCGCAGCAGGCGUACGACCUGGCCAUGAAGUGGCACACCUGCGAUGUGAUGGGUAGCGGCAGCGAGGGCCCCCCGGGCGCCUCCCCGGCUGACGUGGGGGGCUGGUCUUCGGAGCAAAUGGUGGCUUUCCUCGACAAGCUGGGCCAGUUCAGGGCGCCGCAACCUAUGCACAAGCGCGUGACGCAGAGAUUGGCGGAGGUGUACGGCAUAUACGACAGCAACAACGCAGAAAUCCGCUUCUCUUUCUUCAAAUUGGCUGUUCCGGCAGAGGACGAUCAGGCAUUUCCCGCCGCAGCCGCCAUGCUCCGGAACCAAGGUCGCAUGAAGUUCCUGCGGCCGCUGUACAAGGCCCUCCAUCGCAGCAAGGCGGGGCGGCAGCUGGCGUACGACACAUUUGCGGAGGUCGGGGCGUCGUACCACCCGAUUGCCCGGAAGAUGGUGGCGGCGGACCUGGGAGUCCUGAUGCUGAUGACAUGA